UAUACGGCCACACUGCGCACACAGCUGUUGACCCAGUCGUUUUGAUCGAUUAAUUUGCCUCUCAAUCGCAUAUCGCACUCCCGCCACAAUGGCGAGUUAACUUGUUAACAACAAUUGAAAGAUUUAACAAAUGAAUUUUAACUGUAUAUCAACUGCAGUAGAGUAAAGGAAAUUAAUUGAAGCCGGCAAUACUGAGUUACCGAAAUGGUGGAACUGCAAUUGAGAAAACGAAAUGCUUGCGUCAUAGUGCUGGGCGAUAUUGGACGCAGUCCACGUAUGCAAUACCACGCUCAGAGCCUCCUCGAAGAUAAUUACAAUGUGGACAUAAUUGGCUAUAUGGAGACGCGCCCUCUUGAUGCACUGACUGUGGCACAACCCAAGUGUAAAAUACACGAACUUUCCGCGGUGCCCAUCACAAAUCUAACACCGAAAUUGCAACUCCUCUUCAAAGCCAUUUGGCAAACGUUAAGUCUGUUAAUCGCCCUAAUCUCGAUAAGACGACCCAAUUUCUUGCUUGUACAGAAUCCACCCGGCAUACCCACCUUGAUUGUUUGCUAUUUGUACUGCGCCGUGACGCGAACCAAGUUAGCCAUCGAUUGGCAUAAUUACACUUACACGAUAUUGGCGUUGGGCACGGCUGGAGGUGAGCAGAACCGGCUCAUCCGUCUCACUAAGCGACUGGAACGUUAUUUUGGCAGCAAAGCUCAUACGCAUUUUUGUGUAACUAAUGCCAUGAAGGAGGAUCUUCAACGCAACUGGAAUAUUGGACCCGUACAUGUGCUCUAUGAUCGAGCGCCAGCGCAGUACCAUCCAAUAGAGCUUCCUCAAAAGCACGAGCUAUUCAUGAAACUUUCCAAAGAUUAUGCGCCCUUUAUGCCGCAAUGUUAUGCGGAUCUAAAGCAAUCGGGCAUGCUUGAAUCAACUUCACUCACUCAGAAGUUAGCCAAUGGAACGGUACUCUACAAGCCACAAAGGCAAGCGAUACUCGUCUCGAGCACUAGCUGGACGCCGGAUGAGGACUUUGGCAUACUCUUGAAAGCCUUGGAGUCCUAUGAGAGUGUGGCUACGGCCGAGCCACAUGUCUAUCCAUCCCUGCUGUGCAUCAUUACAGGCAAGGGUCCACAAAAAGCGCAAUACGAGGCUCAAAUAGCGAAAUUCCAGUGGCAAAAAGUUUCGAUUGUAACUCCCUGGUUGGAUGCUGACGAUUAUGCGAGCCUGCUGGCCAGUGCAGACCUAGGUGUGUCUUUGCAUUGGAGCACAAGUGGGCUGGAUUUGCCCAUGAAGGUGGUGGAUAUGUUUGGCAGUGGUCUGCCCGUCUGUGCAUACAAUUUUAAGUGCCUCGCUGAGCUUGUGAAGCACGGCGAGAAUGGCUUUGUCUUCAACGAUCAUUCAGAACUAGCCGAGCAACUACGGCUAUGGUUCGAGCACUUUCCUAGUAAUCCAAGCAUCAUUGAGACUCGCUCACGCUUUAAUCGCAGCCUGCAACAGUUCCAGGAUUUGCGCUGGCGGGAAAAUUGGCUACAAUGCGCGGCACCUAUACUGGAAAAAUUUCUUUAAGCAUUACAAAUCGAGAAAGCUUUUAAUAAAAAUUUUCUGAACACUACAAG